AUGCUUCGAUGGAUGACUACCCUCACCUUCUCGGAGAAGUAUAUGUUUUUCGAACUGUUUUCUGGAGAAGGUGCCGUGACACGAGUCUGGCACCAGCAUGGAUAUGCCACGGCGUCUUACGAUUUGCUGUAUGGUGACCCGAUGGACUUUUUGUCCAGCAAAGGUUAUUCGAUCGCUUUAUGGACAGUGCUCAAUGAAUGUGUUGACGCCAUGAAUAUGAUUGGCCCUGCUUGCGGGUCAUGGGGAAUACCAGCCAGGGCAACCAGCAUGCGAUCCACUAUCAAUCCUUAUGGACGGGUUGGCAUCGAAUGCGUUGAUGCAAAUAAUUGUUUAGUCAGCCGGCUGGUGUUAUUGAUCCUCCUCAUGAUGGCCAAACAUACCCAAUGGGUGGUCGAGCAGCCAUCCCAAUCGCUUUUGCCGAAGCAUCACAGAUGGGAUUGGUUGGUGAAUCGAAUAGCUUAUGUCUACCAGCAGUCGUUGUGGAUGAUGUUGCAUGGAGCACCCUCUCCCAAACCUACGCUGCUGAUGUCACCUAUGCGAACGAUCUACAUGCUUGAUCUUGGGGUUCUCACCAAAUCUGAACGCGAAGCACGAACCUCUCUGAAGACUACCCGCAUCGUGGCGAGCAUCUAG